AUGAGGAUGGAUGCCCAGGCAGUGGCAUCUGUGAGAAAAAGUGAUCAAAGGAAUGAGAUAAGAAAUAACGCUUUCACCUGGGAGGUCAGGGCCAACGACCGCGGCUACCACAGGCAGUGCAAGAAGAAAUCUGUCUUCUGCCUGAGCAAGAGGAAAUACUCGGGCAAUGCCAUCAGGACAGCCAAGUACAACCUGCUCACCUUCCUGCCCCUCAACCUCUACGAGCAGUUCCACCGCAUGGCCAACGUCUACUUCGUCUUUGUCAUCCUCCUCCAGACUUUCCCUGAGAUCUCCACGCUGCCCUGGUACACUCUGCUGUUCCCCCUGAGCUGCCUUCUCAUCAUCCGGGGGCUUCGGGACCUCAUUGAUGACAUUGGCCGUCACCGCAGUGACAGGAAAAUCAACAGCAGGCCCUGUGAAAUCCUGGAUGGGAAGAGCUUCCGCUGGCAGAAGUGGCGCGACAUCUGCGUCGGGGACAUCGUCCGGCUGCGCAAGGACAGCGUCGUGCCGGCUGACCUGCUCCUGCUGUGCAGCUCCGAGCCCAGCAGCCUGUGCUACGUGGAGACCGCUGACAUUGAUGGGGAAACAAACCUGAAGUUCAGACAGGCCCUUCUGGUGACCCACCAGGAGCUGGGGAGCGAGGAGAGCAUGGCUGCCUUCGAUGGGCGGGUGAUGUGCGAGGAGCCCAGCAGCCGCAUGCUCUCCUUCUCGGGCGCGCUGCGCUGGCGGGGCCGCAUCCACGGGCUGGACAGCGGCCGGAUCCUCCUGCGGGGCUGCCGCGUCCGGAACACCGCGCUGUGCCACGGGCUGGUGCUGUACGCGGGGUUUGAUUCCAAAAUUAUGAUGAACUCUGGAAAGAUCAAGCAGAAGAAAACCAAGCUGGACCACCUGAUGGACCGGCUGGUGAUCGUGAUCUUCCUGCUGCUUUUGGUGACGUCCCUGGGCCUCGCCGUCGCCUCUGGGUUCUGGGCCAGGACGUUCCAGGAGAAGCACAGCUACCUGGCUGCCCUCUACAAGCACACGAGCCCUGUCCAGCAGGCCUUCCUCAACUUCUGGGGCUUCACCAUCCUGCUGAGCGUCAUCAUCCCCAUGUCCAUGUACAUCACGUUUGAAUUCAUCUACCUGGUGAACAGUUGUUUUAUUAACUGGGACCUGGAGAUGUAUUAUGGUGCCAAGGACAUGCCAGCUGAAGCCAGGAGCACCAGCCUCAAUGACCAGCUGGGGCAGAUCGAGUACAUCUUCUCGGACAAGACGGGCACCCUGACACAGAACAUCAUGAGCUUCAAGAAAUGCUGCGUCAACGGGACCAUCUACGGUAACCCGGGCUGGGAUAAGUUUGUAGGGGCUCAGAUGAACCUGGAGCUGGUCCUUCCCACCCCUCCUGAGGGCUUGGGACAGGGGGAUUGUGACCCGGUGCUGAGGGAGUUCCUGAGGCUGCUGGCGCUCUGCCACACCGUCAUGGUGGAGGACAGGGGCGACCAGCUGGUUUACCAGGCAGCUUCCCCAGAUGAGGAAGCGCUGGUGUUGGCAGCCAGGAGCUUGGGCUACGUCUUCCUGGCCCGGACAGAGGACAGCAUCACCAUCAGGGAGCUGGGCAGGACCAGGACGUACGAGGUGCUGGCCAUGCUGGACUUCAACAGCGACCGCAAGAGGAUGUCUGUCCUGGUGCGAGACCCCCAGGGCACCAUCCGGCUCUACACCAAGGGUGCCGACACCGUCAUCCUGGAGAGGCUGCGGAGCCGAGGGCCCAGCGAGACCCUGACCGAGACGGCGCUGGAUCGCUUUGCAGAGGAGACGCUGAGGACGCUGUGCGUGGCCAGCAGGGAGGUGAGCGAGGCCGAGUUCCGCACCUGGAGCCGGAGGCACCGCGAGGCCGCGGUGCUGCUGCAGGACCGUGCCCAGGAGCUGGACAGGCUCUACGAGGAGAUGGAGCAGAACCUGCAGCUGCUCGGGGCCACGGCCAUCGAGGACAAGCUGCAAGACGGAGUCCCCGAGACCAUCCAGCUGCUGAAACUGGGCAACAUCAAAGUGUGGGUGCUGACAGGAGACAAACAAGAGACCGCAAUGAACAUCGGCUACGCCUGCAGGCUGCUGACGGACGACAUGGAGAUCCUGGAGGAGAAGGAGGUCAGCGAGAUCCUCCAGGCUUACUGGGAGAGCAACAACAACCUCAGUGGCAGUGGGGACACCCCGUGCAGCCACCGCCCCUCCCAGGAGCGCCCAGAGGCUCUGUGCCACAAGAGAGCCAUCAUCAUCAGCGGGGACUUCCUGGACAAAAUCCUCCACACAGGAGAGGUGCUGAAGGAGAAGAAGGGGUGGCCGUGGCGGUGGCUGUGCUGUGAUGGGGCCAAGGCCUUGCAGGACCAGGGAGGUCUGGUGGAGAAGGCCUUUGUGGACCUGGCCACCAGCUGCCAGGCCGUCAUCUGCUGCAGGGUGACCCCCAAGCAGAAAGCCCUGAUAGUGCAGCUGGUGAAGAAGCACAAGAAGGCCGUCACCUUGGCCAUCGGGGAUGGCGCCAACGAUGUCAACAUGAUCAAAACCGCAGACAUCGGGGUGGGCAUCAGCGGGCUGGAGGGGCUGCAGGCCGUGCAGUGCAGUGACUACGCCCUGGCCCAGUUCUCCUUCCUGCAGCGCCUGCUGCUCAUCCAUGGCCGCUGGAAUUACCUGCGCAUCUGCAAGUUCCUCCGGUACUUCUUCUACAAGACCUUUGCUGGCCUCCUGGCCCAGGUGUGGUUUGCUUUCCACAGCGGAUUCACGGCCCAGCCUCUGUACGAGGGCUGGUUCCUUGCGCUCUACAACAUUUUCUACACUGCCUACCCCGUGCUCUCCGUGGGCCUUUUGGAGCAGGACGUGAGUGCCAAGAAGAGCCUGGAGUUCCCUGAGCUCUACGUGGUCGGGCAGCAGGACGAGCUCUUCAAUUACCGCGUUUUUGGUGUCACCCUCCUGCACGGGGUGGGCACCUCCCUCAUCAGCUUCUACAUUGCGCUCUGGGCCUUUGAGGACCACGUGGGCACCAAGGCUGUGGGUGACUAUGAGUCCUUCUCUGUCACAGUGGCCCUGUCAGCGUUGCUGUCGGUCCUUGUGGAGAUUGUCCUGGACACUCAGUACUGGACAGUGUUGUCCUUCCUGAUGGUCACAGCCAGCCUGCUUUUCUUCUGCCUCUUCUCCUUCCUGACCCAAAGCAUUGAUGCCUUCAGGAUCGCCCCUGCCAUCUUCCGCUUCCCAGAUGCCUGCUGGAAUGCCCUGACCGACCCCUAUGUCCUGCUCGUGGUCCUGCUGUCCCUGGUGGCCAACACCAUCCCCUCGCUCGCUGUCCGUGCCUUCCGUGCCGUCCUGGGCAGAGCCACCCCCCAGCAGAAGAUCCACCUGAAGGCCAAGCGGGAUCCAGAGCCCUCGGUGGAGCUGCGAUCCCACGUUCCCCGUGGCUCCUUCCACCGCCGCUCCAGCUACGCCUUCUCCCAUCAGGAGGGCUACGCCGGCCUCAUCACCCGCGGGGACAGUCUGCGUGCCAGGGCCACCCACGGCACCUCCCCGGGUUCCCUGCCACCCCAGGGCACCCCGGCCGUGUCCUCCCUGCUCUGCCCCUCGGUGUAG